CGAAAUAUUUAAAUUAGCAAGAGCAUAAAGAUGAAAUCAGCGAUGAUGUGUGUCAGUGAAGUCACUGAUCGAGAGCGCGCAUCGCCUCGGUGAGCAGGUGCAUGUCUGCGUACAAUAGCGCGACUGUCUCGCGCCACAGGUAGUAGCUGGACUCAGGUGUUGUAACACGACACUGAACCAUGUGAUCAGCGAUGAGAAUUUAGGAAGAAGAAGAAAAAACACAGCUCGAGCAUUCACUCAACACACUAGUAAAUAGGAUACCAACCGCACAAGACCACCAUUGAUAGCAGAGCAGGAUCUCGAAGGACAAUGUACUAUUAUUAUUAUGAGCGGGACGCCGGAGUAUUGCGCUAGUUUCGGUUUAAAUACUUCAUUUCACCGGUAAGGUGAGGCGGAAGCGAGCUGCGGUCAGAUCUAUUGGACAUACAGUCUAUUCGUCGGAAAACAUCGUGGAUUAUGAAGGUGGAAACACAGCUUGCUGGAGACAGAUAGGACUAUUUUUAUUCUUUGAUCUGGGACAUGAUUUAUUGAUCACCUCCACUCCACCCUACCCGGAGCGUCAGGCCCUUCUGGAUGAGGGUAGAGGUGCAGACUGACUCCAUCAAUCCAGAGAUGAUACGGCAGGUUGGGCUUUUGGCAGGGAGUUUUCUGCUGCUGCUUCUCAGGAAUGUUUCGGCCCAGGUAGAAAUGACCACAAUGUCCAGUAACUCUACAGCUCCCAGCGCAGGCCCUGAUAUUGUGGCCAUUGUGGUACCAACCGUGGUCCUGGGACUGUUGGCUAUUUUAACAGCGGUUCUGUUGUUUCUGUUCUGCGUGGUAAAGAAGAAGAGACAGACGGAAGGGACGUACCGACCCAGCGCAGAGGAGCAGUCAGGAGUGCGUAGUGUAGAGACGCCUGACGCUCUGAAACUACCCAAGGAGGAGAGACUGAUUUAACACACUGGUUUAUGACUAACAUACAGCACAUGAUAAAAGUGACUGAAUUCCAAAAUGGUUAAACGGAUAAACAUUUACUAAGGAACAUUUCUAAAGGCACAAACUUAGCCCUAUGUUUUGGCUAAAGUCUGACUACUUGGAAGAAACUUGAAGGAACCGAUUGUCUCUCCAAAAGGCAACAUACUGAUCUGCACGUGUAUCUCUCUAGCAUUUUAUGCCAUUUUAGCCUGGUAGCUUUUCUCUGAAUACUUCAUUUUGUGAUGUGUUACCUGUUUUACGGUUGCUUUACACAUAAAAAUGCUGAUGUUUGUAUGUAGUGUAGAGAGAAAUUUAAAGGUGAAGCAUGUAGUUUCUGCGCCCCUAGUGGCACGAAACAGAAUUGCAGUUUGUUUGUUUCACAUUCAGAAUGGGCCAGGCUUAAAAGGGUUGGUUCAACCAAACAUGAAAAUUCUGGCGUCAUCUACUCAAGCUCAAGUUUUUCAAUUUGUCCUGGUGUUGACUAGAAUUAUAUUUUAAAAAUGUUGGUAACUGAACAACUUGACAGUAGCUACAUAGAAAAAAAGAAAAUGAAAAAAAAAAACAUACCAUGGAAGUUAAUGGGUACCGUCAACUUUUUGAUGACAAAAUUUUCAUUUCUGGCUGAAUUAUUACUUUAAAUGGCAUCAGCUUGACCAAUGGUGAAACGGACACUAGUCAUUAUUAUUGCAUUUCUGUUUGUUGGCACUACAUUAUGCACACUACACCUUUAAAAAAUGUAUUCAGAUCAAUUUGCUCACAAUAUUGAUGUUAGAUGUUCAUUCUCAUAUGUUUGUUGAAAAAACUUUUCAAAUGAUUGAGAAAUGGCAUUUGUCUUGAUUUACCUCAGUAAUGUUCUCAAUCUAAAUAAUUUAAUCUAGUAUUAAUUUACCAGAAAUUUGAUCAGUGCAACAGUGAAUUGACUUGGAAUCAUUCUUGAUUCUUUUAUCAUAGCACGAAUGUUUACAUUCAAAUAUUUCAUGCAUUUUUUUUCACUGGAGUACUUUUUCAAAAAAUUUCAGCUUUUUAGAAUCUGUUAAAUCGUGCCGUUUUUAUUUAAGAUUACAAGGCACAAAGGUAAUGCUAUAUUGUGAAUAUAAUAAAUAUAAAUGCUAAUGGGUUUUGUUAUGCCCAGCAGUCACUAUAUUUACAGAGCAGCACGGCCAAGUGCCUUUGCUUUUAUAAAACUCUUUUUCUAUAUUAAAAAGCUGAAGAGACGGGACAAAUUAUCAUUAAAACAUUAUUUUAUUAAGCUAAUUCAUUAAGUGUUAUUCUUCCGCUGAAGAUGCAGUCUCUAAUAUAAGAGAAUGUUACUACGCAGUAAAAAUAUUUUGCUGUGGGUGAUAUGGUGAACAGGUGUGUAUUCUAUAAUGUAGAAUUUAGCAAGACUGUGCUGUGCUGGUUGUCUUCUGUCUUCCAUUUGUAUUUCCACAGCAUGAAGGUAAUGUCAUACAAAUGUAUAAAUGAAAUGCUCAUUUUCAAAAUCUUUCUAGUGUACUGACAUUUGUUAUGACAUCAGCUGUACAGAACUACAACUAAAAUGGCAGUUCAAAGACAAAAUUGUAAAGACGGCUGCACACUUGUUCCUUUGACUCAUAAGGUCUAUUUACCCAUUGGGCAUUAUUUCUUUAUACACAAUAGUAGGUGAAGCUAUUUUGUAGUGUGUCAUCUGCUUAGAAUUAUUUGAGCUGUACAAAACAUUCUGCUAUUGCUCUAUGUUGCUGAUUUUUUAAUCAUUUUAUUAUCUUAAUUCUAGUGCAAACUGAUGUACUGUUUACUGUUAUGGCUAGGCUAGGCUUCUUUGAAAUGUUAUGACAUUACAUAAAUAUCCCAUGAGUGCUGACACUUUAAUAAUAUCUGGGUGUGCAUGGAGGAUUAUAUUUCUUAAUAAGCAUAGUAUAGUAAUUAGGCUGUGUCUCACCGAUUUUCUUGCCAAAAACAUUGCAAGAGUUUAUUGUGAGAACUAGAGCUAAGAAAAGCAUGUUCAGCACGUUGUUUUCAGCAACACUGCUCUCUAGUGGUCUAGUGUCUCUUUCAGGCAGUUGUUUUAAAAUAAAUAAGUCAUCCUGUGUCCACCUGGUUGAGUACCACUAAUUUUAAAGGGUUAGUCCACCCAAAAAUGAAAAUUAGCCCAUAAAUUACUCACAAAUCCAGUCAGAGUUAUAUUGAAAAUGGUCUUUGCUCUUUCAAGCUGUUUAAUGGCACUCAGUGGGUCCAAAAGAAGUUAGAUAAAAAGC